UAUAUGAAUAAUGUAAAGGCGAGUGCGGUAGGGAAAAAGCUGAAUCUCGUUUCCACACUUUUACUUUUCUUCUGUAUCUGUGUAUGAUGAACCUUACAAUUACGCCUAUAUAUAAUUACUGCUCAUAAUAUACAAUCCCCUAAUCUUUCUCUUCCGUCCAUCUCAUCGGUCGCUAGAACCGUCUCUUUCUGAGUUCUUUACUUUCUUUGAUGGCUUCACGGUCUCAAGCUAUCCUUCUCCUACAAAAGCAGCUCAAAGAUCUGUGUAAAAACCCAGUGGAUGGAUUUUCAGCGGGUUUGCUGGAUGAAGAAAACCUGUUUGAAUGGAGCGUGACAAUUAUUGGGCCUCCUGAUACACUAUAUGAGGGUGGUUUCUUCAAUGCUAUUAUGAGCUUUCCCCAAAAUUACCCGAAUAGUCCUCCAACAGUGAGAUUUACCUCGGAGAUGUGGCAUCCUAAUGUUUAUUCAGACGGGAAGGUUUGUAUUUCUAUUCUUCAUCCUCCUGGCGACGAUCCAAAUGGCUAUGAGCUUGCUAGCGAGCGAUGGUCACCUGUCCAUACGGUGGAAAGUAUAGUUCUAAGCAUCAUAUCAAUGCUUUCAAGUCCUAAUGAUGAAUCUCCUGCGAACGUCGAAGCCGCUAAGGAAUGGAGAGAACAAAGGGAAAACUUCAAGAAAAAAGUGAGUCGAUGUGUAAGACGGUCGCAAGAAAUAAUGUAAACUUUUGCCCCCAAUGCUGCUCAGUUAUUUUGCUAAAAAACACAUGAACUUAAGAAUUUGUUUCCUUUUUUUGGGUACCAAAUGGUACAAACAUGAAAUUCUCCAAUGACAAUAACUCAAGUUUUCUCAGUGCUUCGGCACAUCUUUUGGCACAUAAUGAUAUACUAGCUCAGCUGGGGAUUUGUUUCGACUAACUGGCUGAUGUUUGCCUGUUAAAUCUGUAUUUAUCAAUUUUCAUUAGUAAAACCCUUUCGACUUCAUGUACUAUAUGAAUUAAGAAGCUAGAAACUAGCUUU